UGUCGGCAAUGAGCGAAUGAUCAUGGCAAAUGUGCCCAACUAAUUCUAAAUGCAUUAGCAAUUAUCCUGAGACUGUCAUUUUUUUCAUCGAAAAUUAAGAAUCAAUAACCAAUUCAAAUAACAAAUAUUUCUAUUUUAGCAAAACAUCAAACCCCUCUUAUAAAAAUAAAAAAAAUGUCCAAUAAAACGGUAAAUCGACGUCAAAAAUGGAGCGUGGAAAAUAUAAAAAUAAAUCGUGUAUCUACUGAGGCCUUAGCAUCACCUCCGGGUUAUUCACUAUCGACCAUAAAUCCUAAUAGCGAGGUAUCGAAGAAAACUGACGUGUCUAGGCUUAUAACGAAAAAGAGUUGGGAUUUGGCACUUACCCCACUCAAGCAAGUGCCGAUGAACUUAUUUAUAAUGUACAUGGCGGGUAAUUCGAUCUCCAUAUUCCCUAUAAUGAUGGUCGGCAUGCUAUUGAUGCGCCCUAUCCAGGCGAUAUGGUCUACAAAAGCAACUUUUAAGAUGAUGGAAACUUCAAAUGCGUGGCUGCAGAUUUUGGUUUAUGUGAUUGGAAACCUCGUUAAUGUGGGUCUGGCAUUGUAUAAGUGUCACAGCAUGGGCCUGCUACCAACAUAUGCAAGCGACUGGUUGGCUUUUGUUGAACCACCCAUAAGAAAUGAAUAUUUGGGAGGGGUUUUACUACAUUAGUAUAUAUUUAUAUAAAGUUCACAAUAUAUUAUUUGUAUCACGA